AUUCAUUUUUUAAGUCAACAAAAUUGUGAAGAAAAGACUUUUCUUGAAGAAACAAACAUCAUUUUCAUCUAUGAAAAUUUUUCAAACUCCCCCAAAGUCUACUACUUUUUAUUACUCAUCCACAAAGUGAGAACUCAACUCAACUCCCAAAUACUUACGCUACACACAAGUCAAAACAACUCAAUUUUCUCUCCAAAGUUAUAGCACACAAACCACUCAAUGAAAAACAAAACCUCUUUACUAAAAACUAAGUGAAGAAUAGAAAGAGAGGAGCAAAGAGAGACUUGAGAGUUUAACUGUGUCUCUCUCAUGACAUGAACUAUAGAUUCUAGAUAUAAUCAUGGGCUUCAUUUCUUUUCUAUUUAUCUUUCUUGUUUUUAGACCAACCUUAGGUGAAGUAGUUGAUACCCUUAAACCUUUUCAAUUUAUGAGAGAUGGCACAACUUUGAUUUCAAGUGAAGGAACCUUUGAACUUGGUUUCUUCACCCCAGGCAAUUCAAACAAUCGUUAUCUGGGAAUCUGGUAUCGAAACAUACCAGAUUCCACAGUAGUUUGGGUCGCAAACCGGUGUAAACCGAUCAACGAUUCCUCUGGAUUGUUUACACUAAACAACACAGGAAAUCUUGAGCUUUUGGUACACAAUAACAAGAGUGUUAUUUGGUCUACAAACUUGUCAAAACAAGCCCAAGAACCAUUGCUUCAGCUCUUGGAAAAUGGUAACUUGGUUGUAAGAGAUGAGAAAGAUGAGAACAAAGACAACUAUUUGUGGCAAAGCUUUGACUACCCUGGUGAUACUUUUUUGUCUGGAAUGAAAAUGGGACUGGAUUUGAAGAGAGGAAUCACUUGGGAGUUGUCAUCAUGGAAGAGUUUAAAUGAUCCUUGUAAUGGAGAUUUCAGUUAUGGGAUUGAGUACAAUGAACAACACCAUACAUACCCUGAACCAAUUCUUCGAAAAGGGUCAGCAAAAUUUUAUCGAACUGGUCCAUGGAAUGGCCUACGUUACAGUGGGUGUCCUGAGCUGAGACCAAACACUCUUUACGAUUACCAGUUUGUUUACACUGAUGAUGAAAUUUACUACACUUAUAGCCUUAAAAAUAAGUCUGUGAUCACCAAAGUUGUCAUAAACCAAACAACAAAUUCUCGUCAACGUUUGAUAUGGAUUGAAACAGAGAAAAUUUGGAAGCCUUACUAUUCAGGGCCUAGAGACCAGUGUGACAAGUAUGGACAAUGUGGGGCAAAUGCAGAGUGUAUAAUAACAGAGAAUCCAAUAUGUCAAUGCUUAAAAGGUUUUAAGCCCAAGUCUCUACAGGAUUGGAAUUCAAUGGAUUGGUCUAAAGGGUGUGUAAGAAGUAAACCAUUGAGUUGCCAUGGUAAAGGGAAAGAUGGAUUUUUGAAAUUUUCUGGUUUGAAAUUGCCUGAUACUCAAUAUACAUGGGUGAAUAAGGGUAUGAAUCUAAGGGAGUGUAAGGAUAAAUGCCUUAGAAAUUGUUCUUGUAUGGCUUAUACAAACUCAGAUAUUAGAGGAGAAGGUAGUGGUUGUGUCAUCUGGUUUGGAAACCUUUAUGAUAUUAGACAAUUUCCUUCAGGUGGGCAAGAUUUGUUUGUUCGAAUUUCGGCUUCAGAAAUAGCAAGAGUUGAUGAUCCUAAGAUUGUGGAGAGAGCAGUGAUAAUUACAGCUAUUGUAAUUGGAUUAGCUUGUGGGAUGAUUUUAAUUGGGUUUUACAUUUGCAAGUGGAGAAAAUUUUAUGAUAGAAACGUUAUUAAUAAUGGAAAUAAAGGGAAGGAAGAAGAGUUGGAGCUCCCAUUGUUUGACCUACAUGAAAUUAGUAUGGCCACUAAUAAUUUUUCAGAGAACAAUAAGCUUGGAGAAGGUGGUUUUGGACCUGUAUACAAAGGUACGUUGGAGGAAGGUCAAGAAAUUGCAGUGAAGAGAUUAGCAAUGUGGUCUGGACAAGGAGUAGACGAGUUCAGAAAUGAAGUUAAACUAAUUGCCAAGCUUCAACAUCGAAAUCUAGUCAAAAUUUUUGGUUGUUGUGUUCAUGAAGAAGAGAAAAUGUUAAUUUAUGAGUAUAUGAGCAACAAAAGCCUUGACUAUUUCAUAUUUGAUGAAAGUCGAGGCAAACUGUUAGAAUGGCCUAAGCGCUUUCAAAUUAUAUGUGGAAUUGCUAAGGGACUUUCGUAUCUCCAUCAUGAUUCUAGAUUGAGAAUUAUACAUCGAGAUCUCAAAGCUAGUAAUGUAUUACUUGAUGAAGAGAUGAAUCCAAAAAUUUCAGAUUUUGGCCUGGCCAAGAGUUUUGGAGGAGACCAAAUAGAAGGAAAUACAAACAAAGUAGUAGGAACUUACGGUUAUAUGGCCCCUGAAUACGCUUUUGGUGGAUUAUUUUCAAUCAAAUCUGACGUAUUUAGCUUCGGCACAUUGAUAUUGGAGAUUAUUAGUGGAAAGAAAAGCAGAGGCUUUUAUUACGAAAAGAGCGGCAUCACCCUCAUCGGAUAUGCAUUUACUUUGAUGAAGGAAGGCAACAUAUUUGAACUAAUUGAGAAGGGCUUAAGGGAUUCAUAUUAUAACAUGGAAGAGAUAAUCCGUUGCAUACACAUUGGCCUAUUAUGUGUGCAACAAAGCCCUAUUGAUAGGCCUAAUGUGCCAUCUAUUAUUAUGAUGUUGAGUAGUGAGAGUGUUUUGCCUCAGCCAAAACCACCAGGCUAUUUCACACACAAAGAUUUGUGGGAAGAUCAUCAUUCCUCCACCACUAAACUUCUACCAUCUUACACUUUCGAUACAAACAUAUCAGAUGUUGAGGCACGAUAAAAUUUGAUUUUGAAACCUAUGAAACAUUACAAUUUUCAUUUUUUUUUGUUUAAAAUUGUAAUAUUAUUAUCCUUUCAUGUAGUAUCAAAUCAUAGGUAACUCUAUAGUACAUCUUUUUAAAAUAGAUGUUUUAGCUUAUCUAUGGGUCAAUAAUUGUUUGCAUUGUCGUCUUAAAAUUUUUUAUCUAUUCGAGCGUCAAUUAAUAUAUCUUUCGAAUUCCAAGAGUGACAA